AUGAAUCCAUCGCAAAUAUUUCAAAAUGAUUAUAUAUCCGUCAUUCAAAAUCAACGUGAGAUUUUACCUUUUGUUAGUAACAUGCAAGGAAAUUUGCAUUACGAUUAUGCAAUUCCCACACAUCCCAUAUAUUUGACUGAAUAUUUAACUAAUCAUCAAGAAAGUUCUGAAAUUGAUAAUGAAGAUAUGAUAGGCUUGUAUACGAACAACUUUUACUUCGAGUCAGCAUAUGACUUCCCAAUCGGCGAGCAAUAUGUUCAAGCUUCGACUAUGGAAGGAUCAAACACCAUUACGAGAUUAUUUGAAUCAAGCGCUAAAAUGAAGCCUUUUAAUGAAAAGAGAGUUCGUAUUAAAUGGACCAAAAAAAGCAUUACAUUAUUACUUUCUUUUUUGAAUGAACAUAAACAAGUACUAAAAGAACUAGUAGAAAAACGUGGUGGGAGUGGGAAUAUUAAAAAAGAUCUCUGGAUGUGUGCCUCAAUUGUGGUAUCCGAUAAUGAAAAUCAAUACCUUCCUAAACAGUGUGAAUUCAAAUGGAAAAAUAUUAAGCAAGUCUGUAAGCAUAAUCCUGAUUGUCACUAUAAGUUGGAAGUUAAAGAAAUACUCGAAUGUGAUAGAUUUUAA